CGAUGCGGUGACAUUCACGCGAUGUUCUCGUUUCUCGUCUUGUUGCUUUCCGUUCUCAAUUCUGUUUUUUUGGAACAAACCGGUCAGAAUCUUAUUGAUCUCAAUAAAUGUUUCAUUUAUAAGAAGGGAUACCGACUGGAAUUGAAUGCGAAUGAUAUCGAAAGCACUGAAAGCGUACGAUUUAAAGAUGAUUGUCUUCGGGCAUGCCUUAAGGCAAUGUUUUCCGGCGGUUUUACUUGCAAAUCAUUAAUGCACAUGCCAAAAGACGAUUCACCCAGAUUUCGAUUUUAUCGACAGCAUUUCUAUCAAAAAAACCAAGAAGGGAAAUGUAUAUCGCUUGUUGUUAAUCACAACAACAUGGCUAUUUUGCUCCAUUUUUGA